AUGACCCAUUUCUCCUCGACACAGUACAAUUCGAUCUCGGGUGAAUACGAUGCCGUGAACGGCCUGCCCAUCUCUCGAGCCAUCGUUAUCAAUGUCGAACGUGUGCUUUCGCCGUACAUCAAAGGUGCAAAAGUUCUGGAGAUGGCAUGUGGCACAGGGUUCUUUACACGUCCCUUGCUUGACUGGGGUGCCACCUCAGUUGUUGGAGUCGAUAUCUCCCAAGGAAUGAUCGAUAUUGCGCAAGCAGAGUUCUCCAAGUCUUCCAGCGCGUCAAAUUGCGAUUUCAUGGUCAAAGACUGUACGCAGCCGUUCGAUGUCGGCAUAGGACAAUUCGAUCUUGUAUUCGCUGCCUGGUUGCUGAAUUACUCUGCGGAUGAAGCUGUAAUGGCAGCCAUCUUCAAGAAUAUUUCUCGACACUUGAAGCCAGGAGGUCGCCUGGUGACCGUAGCGCCUCACGAGGAAGAAGACCCAUUGGUGUGCAUUAACAACCUCAAUUCAACUUUCGACGCCAAGUAUGGGUAUAAAGUUGAAUUAAGAGAGAAACUAGAGGUGGGUUAUCAUGUGCACUUGUAUUUCAGCACAGACCCGAAAGUCGACUUUGGCAACUAUUUUCUACCAAAAAGCAUUUACGAAAAGGCAGGUAGGGCUGGUGGCAUGAAGGGAAAGAUGUCAUGGCAGGACAUCACUCUUCCAGAGAACCAUGAUGAAGUCAAUACCUAUAUGGCCGAGCCCGUGCCUACAGACUAUUUUGAUGACUGGCUGAAGUAUCCAGACUUCGGAAUUUUGGUUGCCGAAAAAUGA